CCUCAUCAGAGUGUAAAGUUGGUGUCAACAAGGCCAAAUAAUUAUUUUUUUUUAAACAAAGUUUGACUUAUUCUAGUUGAAAAAUAGUUCAGGAACUCGAAUAUUUGUGGAUUAAAUCGAAUGAUUUAAUAGCCCUUUUGGUAACAUCCGAAACUACGGAAGAACAAUGUGGAAGUUGAUCCUACUGAUAAGCCUAUCAAUAGGCGUCUCUCAAAGUCAAUUGAACUUCGAGGGAAAUCCUCUCACCGAGAAUACCGACUACACAGCUGAAGAGUCGCAUUAUUCCCUGAGACAUGAUGCGGGUAAAUCGCAAAAGUUUGAUGAAACGAAUGACAAUGGAGUCGACACUUACCUGGCAGCGGCAAAUGGCCUGACUCACUCCGAUAAUCUCCCGAAAAAUAUUGAAGGCGGUAUGAUUGACGUGAGAUCGAUUGGGCCUCAGCCACAGCUCAUGAAUGUGAAUAAAGUGAAUCAAAUUCCGCGUACAAUGACCUUCGAUGUGUAUGACAAUCGCCCAGUGAAUGGUUACUCAAGUGCUUCUAUUAGCCUGAAUAAAACCAAGAUCAUAUCUCGACAAUUAUCCACAGAUCCCUUGGACACAUUUCUAAAUUCCAGAACACCCGAGGAAUCUCAAUUAGCCCUGGAUACAUACUUGAAGAGUCGUCACCAAUCAGAAAUCCAAGCAACUCGACAUCCUCAAACAGAAGUGCAGAAUAUUCAGAUGAUUAAUCCCAAUAAUCAGGAUAAUCAUAAUAAUCCGAACAUUCUGACGAAUGCACCUCAAUACCUCAGCAAUGGGUACACGAACAUAAAUACCUUAGAUAAUCCUCAGAAUAUUAAUCAAGCACAGUUACCUGGUAGUGCAGUGAUCCCUCAACAGAAUGGACAGAUCAUUAAUCCCCAAGUCUCUCAAACACAUCCAUUAGCGCCAACACGGCCUCAAAUGACUUUCCAGAGUAGACGAGACGUUAUACCAAUGGCCAGAAGACGACCCUUCUAUCAUCAUCGAGGUGUACCACGUUAUCGUGAUAGGUAUAAUGCGCAAUCGAGAAUUGGUCCUGGUUUUAUUUCACAAUCACCGCUAUCCGAACCUUUUGGACCUCAUGCUGGGCCACCGAUCUACCCUGGUGACAAGCCUAUUGAUGUAAUUUACACAAAGCCACCGGGUUUCGGUCACAGGCCACCUCCUAUCAGCAAUUCUCCAGUUCCUUACGAAGCCGCUAGUGAAUAUUUUCCAGAAAGUCAGCAUCCACCCGUUAAUAAAGACGUUUAUUAUUCGCAGUUAUGGGCGCAGUCUUACGAUCCCCAUUACUAUAAUUACAUCGCCAAGACAGGGAAAAUUAAGCCCUGGUUGUAUGGAAAACUUGGGAAGCAUGAGGACAAGGGAUUCUGGCAUGAGUUGUAUAUCAGUUUUAAGAAACAUGGGAUGAAGAAUAUGAUGAAUCCGAUGUUUUUACUCGGAUUAUCGAUCCCUGCAGUUACACUCAUGCUUAGUGCAAUGGUCGGGAAAAGAUCGCUUGGAAGAUCGGAUAAUGAUAGUAAUUAUUAUCUCAGUGAGGAGAAAAUUACGGAACUCGCUGAGAGAGUGCAAAGGGCUAUCGAGUGCUAUGAGAAUCAGACUGCGUGUUCACAGUAGAUGGAGAAAUUAGUUCUAAUGGAUACGAGCAAGGAUUUCAGCAAAAUCAUUUCGAUAUAGUGAUGUGGGGAUGUGAUGAGUGAUGUUUACUUGAAUGUCGGGGGCAUAUAGAUGGGGAUGAGGGAAUUUGUAUGCUCUGAUAACGUGUAAUCAUAUGCAGAACAUAUUUUUUUAAGACAAGAUGUAUUUUUUGAACAGGAUAGCCAAUGAAGGAUAACCAAGUACUUCGGCUAUUUUUUCUCCUAGUGAAAUGCUUUUCUAUUUUUGUA